AUCAAGACAUUAGUGUGUAAUGUUUUUUUUCUUUAUAAGUGCUUUGUCCCCUGAGUGCCCUAGAGAUACUCACUGGAGUGUGAACAUGUGUUUCUCAGAUCUGAGCUGUACCUUACCAAUCCCAACCUAGAACUGUUUCUACUCAACUGGGUUCAUCCUUGGUGGCAUCAAUUUCUAGAGAAGGUUCCUUUGACAUUGGAGAAGACAACUGUGUGACCCAAACCUGUCUAAUAGACCAUCAGAGACCAAGUGGAUAUCUUUCUGCCUGCUGGGAAUACCAGGGUCAAAAUAACUUUAAUCUCUUUUAAAGAAAUAUUCCAAGUUGUUUUGGAAUUUUUUUUUUUUUAUGAAUUAUGGCCAAUUCAGGAUUCCAACUCCUUGGCUAUUUCCUUGCCCUUGGAGGAUGGAUUGGUAUUAUCUCCACCACAGCACUACCUCAGUGGAAGCAAUCAUCUUAUGCAGGAGAUGCUAUCAUCACAGCAGUGGGACUAUAUGAGGGACUGUGGAUGUCAUGUGCUUCUCAAAGUACUGGGCAAGUGCAGUGCAAAGUGUAUGACUCUCUGCUCUCCCUGGAUGUUCACAUCCAAACCACCCGGGCACUCAUGGUAGUUGCCAUGCUUCUGGGGUUCAUUGGUAUUAUCAUCAGUGUUGUUGGCAUGAAAUGUACCAAAGUGGGUGACAACAAUCCUAUCACUAAAAGUCGAAUCGCUGUCUCUGGCGGAGUCCUUUUCUUACUGGCAGGUCUCUGUACAUUAAUAGCCGUUUCAUUGUAUGCCACACAAGUCACUCAUGAUUUCUUUAAUCCAAAUACACCGGUUAAUGCUAGGUAUGAAUUUGGCUCAGCUUUAUUUGUAGGGUGGGCUUCUGCCAGUCUCACCAUGCUUGGAGGGUCUUUCCUCUGUUGUUCCUGCCCCAAUGAAGAGAGAAGAGAACAGCAGUACUAUAGACAAUCUCAGCCUUCGGCAACUACCAGAGAAAUCACAAAAAUGCCUAGCAAGAAAAAAGAAGAAACAGCGAGUUAAUAUCGAAGGCGCAAAGAUUACAAAAACAAAAACAAAGAGAUUUCUCUAUUUCCCGCAGAAAGGACAUUAAGAAAAUCUGGGGGAAAAAAAAUUUGUAUGGCAUCAAAGUGUGCAAAAAACUUUGUAUCUGCUCUUUUUUUAACGACUUCAGUGGCAUAUCAGUAAAUAAUUCAUUUUUCGAGAAUAGAACAAAAGGGUUCUGUGUUCAGCCAUCUUGGUAUACAAAGUUUAAAAUGCGUGUGCCAAUUGAUGUGAUGUUAAUGUAUAUUUUUAUAUGGCUAAUUUAUUAAUUCCAGGGUUGCCUUAGUAAAUAAAACUACAUUCUGAUAUUUGCAAUGUUGAAAUGCUUUUGUAACAUACUAAAUUUGCGAAAUCUCCAUAUAACGCACGGAGAGGUCAAGAUGUAACCACAUAUAGAAACUGUUUGUCAUGUACAUAAAGCAGUUCAAUGAAUACAUACACAGUGUUACAAGACUAUUUUUCAUAUGACUUUGUAUAUUAUGAAUAUAGAACUAUGUUUGAUGGAUUUUUUUUGUAACUUUUUUUUACUAAUAAAAUGAUGUAAACAAU